UCCAAAAUAAACAGAAACAUAACACAUUUCUCAACAACACAAUUACAUUUCACCCAUUCACAAAUCUGGCUAAAAUUCAAGUAAUUUUAGCAUUCCUCUUUCUUCUAAAUUCUUAGUCAAAUAUCACGAGAAUCAAAAUUUAAAUUUACCCAUAGUUGAGGUACCAAAAGUAUAGUUAACUCUAUAAAAGCCUUUGCCUCCAAAAAUAACUACAAAUUCAGUUACGUGACUCUGCACUUUGCUUCACCUUCUUCAAAUAAACACAACAGAAUCAAAACACAUAAUAAACAAUUACAAUUUCACCCAUUUCCAGUAAAAAUGCUUUGGAUUAUGAGAUUCUCAACCUUUUUUACCGCUGUAAUGUUAAUAAUCGUCUUCCUUUCACCAACCGAAGCGAUUAAACCAUCUCAGCCUCACUUCUCGUAUCGUAAAUCCUCUAUAUUCCGCAAUGCACUUGAUUGCACCACCUCAACAAAAACCGCGAAAUCCGAUUCAUUUAUUCAUAUAUCAAUCACACUCGAUAUCGAGUAUCUUCGUGGAUCAAUCACAGCCGUACAUUCGAUUCUACGCAAUUCUAGAUGUCCAGAAAACAUAUUUUUCCACUUUUUAGUCUCAAAUACAAAUCUCAAACCCCUAAUUCAUUGCAUUUUUCCUAAAUUGAAGUUCAAUGUGUAUUAUUUCAAUCCAAAAAAAGUUCAAAACAUAAUUUCAAGUUCUAUAAGGGAUGCACUUGAGCAACCGCUAAAUUACGUUAGAAAUUACUUAGCUGAUCUUCUAGAAGAUUCUAUUCAUAGAGUUAUAUACUUAGAUUCAGAUUUGAUUGUUAUUGAUGAUAUUUUUAAGCUGUGGAUAACGGAUUUGGGGAAUUACACAAUCGGAGCUCCGAAAUAUUGUCAUGCGGAUUUUACGGCGUAUUUCACGGCGAGAUUCUGGUCGGAUCCCAGGUUUUCCGGCGUAUUCACCGGACGGAAUCCUUGUUACUUCAACACAGGGGUUAUGGUUAUAGAUCUGAAGAAAUGGAGACGGGUCGGGUACACGAAACGGAUAGAGAAAUGGAUGGAUAUCCAAAAGAGAAUCCGGAUAUAUGAACUCGGUUCCUUACCGCCUUUUUUACUAGUUUUCGCGGGACACGUGGCGCCAAUAGAGCACAGAUGGAACCAACAUGGUUUAGGUGGUGAUAAUGUGAAGGGAAGUUGUCGUGACUUACAUGCCGGUCCAGUUAGUCUACUUCACUGGAGCGGUUCAGGCAAACCGUGGGCCCGGCUCGAUUCGAAGAACCCAUGUCCUAUUGAUUUUCAAUGGGCUCAAUAUGAUUUGUAUACACAUUUAAGGUGAAAUUCGUACAGUGGGCACCCCAUGAUUUGUAUCCACAUUCAAUUUGAAUUCGUUACAAUCGAGUCAACUUUUUUCACAGGUACAUUCUUCUAUAUGACUAAUUCUACUCAAUUUUUUUUUUCAUUCUAUUCUUGUUUUCCUUCAGUUUCAGAAGUGAAAAAAAAAAAUGAUGAACAUAUUAUGCGUAAGUGGAGGCGAUUUGCAUUGAACUCU